GCAGUAAUUUAUCGCUCACUCUCAAACGUCAUUGUUGUUGAACGCGUUUUUUAUUCUAAUAAUAGCUGGAUGUGAUUCUGUUCAGUGUCUAUGGCAUAUGGUUCGGAUGACACGGUCUUUGGUGUGAAUCUGUGUUACUGAGUGGAGUGUGUGUGUGUGUGCUCUGAACACAUGAGUGUGUCUCUGGUUGUGAUCAGACUCGAGCUCGCUGAUCAGUCUGAUUCCCCGCGAGGCUUUCACUACUGCGCCGUUUCAGAGAUGUCAGAGGACGAGAUGAGAGAGACAGCGCUGGUCUCUGCUAGAGCGACGCUGGCCGGUAAAACAGAGCUGGAGCGAGCGGCCGUCCUCCACCAGCACCUGGGCAGCCGUGUCAUGAGCGACGUGGUGAUCGAGAGCUUCCAGCACAGCGCAGGAGUUGAGGACGGUAGAGAAGAUCUGAAGUCCACAGAUGAUGGAGAUGGAGAAGCUAAAGAUCAAACAGAUGAGAGCAGGGCUCCAGACUCUCCCUCCAAACAGCUGCCGGAUCAGAUCUCCUUCUUCAGCGGAAACCCGUCAGUGGAGAUCGUCCACGGCAUCAUGCACCUCUACAAAACUAAUAAGAUGACGUCGCUCACAGAGGACGUGCGGCGCAGCGCGAUGCUGUGCAUCCUCACCGUACCCACCACCAUGACCAGCCACGACCUCAUGAAGUUCUUGGCUCCCUUCAACGACGUCAUGGAGCACAUGAAGAUCAUCCGGGACUCCACGCCCAAUCAGUACAUGGUGCUGGUCAAGUUCAGGAGUCAGGCCGAUGCCGACAGCUUCUACACAGCGUGCAACGGCCGUCAGUUCAACUCCAUUGAGGAUGCUGUCUGCCAGUUAGUCUAUGUGGAGAGAGCGGAAGUCAUCAAAUCUGAAGAGGGGGCCAGUUUACCUGUGAUGGAUCUGACGGAGCUGCCCAAGUGCACCGUGUGUUUGGAGCGCAUGGACGAGUCGGUCAACGGCGUGCUGACCACCCUGUGCAACCACAGCUUUCACAGCCAGUGUCUGCAGAGAUGGGAGGAUGCAACGUGUCCUGUGUGCAGAUACUGUCAGACUCCUGAACCCGUGGAGGAGAACAAGUGUUUUGAGUGUGGAGUGCAAGAGAAUCUGUGGAUCUGUCUUAUCUGCGGUCAUAUCGGCUGCGGACGCUACGUUAGUCGUCACGCUUACAAGCACUUUGAGGAAACGCAGCACACUUACGCCAUGCAGCUGACCAAUCACAGGGUCUGGGACUACGCAGGAGAUAACUACGUCCAUCGACUUGUUGCCAGUAAAACCGACGGGAAGAUGGUUCAGUACGAGUGUGAGGGCGACACGUGUCAGGAUGAGAAGAUCGAUGCGCUGCAGCUCGAGUAUUCAUAUUUAUUAACCAGCCAGCUGGAUUCUCAGCGCAUUUACUGGGAGAAUAAAAUAGUUCACCUGGAGAAAGACACAGCGGAGGAGAUCAACAACAUGAAGGCCAAGUUCAAGGAGACGAUUGACAAGUGUGACAGUUUGGAGCGGAAACUAAACGAACUCAUCAAAGAAAGACAAUCCAUUGAAAAGAAAUGUUCACAGCUGAACAACAAAGUGCUGAAGCUCGGUCAAGAGCUGCGGGAGGAGCAGGAGAUGAACCGAUGUCUGCGAGCCAAUCAGACGCAGCUCCAGGCGCAGCUGCAGGAGGAGGAGAGGCGGGCUCUCGAGACGGCAGCCAAUAAAGACGGCCAGAUCGCCGAGCUUCAGGAGCAGCUGCGAGACGUCAUGUUCUACCUGGAGACGCAGCAGCAGAUCGACCGCAUGUCGGCAGACGCCCGACAAGAAAUACAAGAGGGUCAGAUCAACAUCGCUUCGGCCCCCGCCGCCCCACAGCCCGGGCCCUCGGCCCUCGGCUCCGGCAGACUGAGCGGCCGCAAGGGACGAUCCAAGAGGGGAAAGUAGCAAAAGACAUUGUGUUUAAUAUAUUCAGUGCUUAAGAAAUGUUGCACAGGAAAUGAGGAUGUUUUAAUAACCAUCCUUUCUCAUGUUAGAAGCUCUAAUAUAUUAUAUUAUGAUUUGUUCACUAAUAUCUUGCAAGAGGACACCUGCUUAGAAAUGUAGCUCAGCCAGUUUUAUAUAAAAACAAAGUUAGGAAUUUUAUUUUCGGAUGUGCUCAUAGCUGGAAGAUGUCAUUUUUUGAUUUACUUUAUGAUUGUAGGAAUUAUUGAAUAUUGCUUUCUGCAACUCUUGAUGGAUGGAGCUCACACAAUUCUUGUAAUGUUUCACAUCAAGAGAGAGAGAGAGAGAGAGGAAAAAAAAAUUAUAUUUUGCUGUAAUGCAUCUGGAUUAGUUUUGUAAACUUUUUUUUUUUUCUUUUUUAAGAAUUGCAUUUAUAAUAUAUGGGAGCUCGUUUCCGGGAAGAAAAAAAACAGAAUUGUGAGAUAAAUAUAGAAUUUUCGAAAAAUAUUCUGAAUUGCUAUAAAAUACUCCCAAUUCUGAAUAAUAAAAACAAAAAUCAAUGAGUUUUUUUUUUUUUUUUGAGUUUAGAUCUCAUAAUUAUGACUUUAUUUCACAUUAUCCUGAGUUUCUCUCAAAUUCUUUAUAUAUAUAUAUAUAUAUAUAUAUAUAUAUAUAUAUAUAAUGUGUAAUUGCGACUUUGGAUAAAAUUGUCCGAAUUGCGAGAUCAGAUUUUUAUUUCCUCUGAAUCAGGAUUUACAUCUCACAAUUAUGAAAUUUUUCUUGGUAAAUAAAUAAUGCCUGAAACUUAUAUAGUAAUACACUAAGGACACACCACAACUAUAACGAAAAAGGCACAGAGAUACGAUAUCGUACGAACGAUUUCGGACAUUUUUGGUGAGAUUCUCCUCCUCAUUGUGAGCAGUGUUAUAAUCGCAGGUCACAGGUGUGCACUGUAACUCAUAAUCACAAAGACUUGAUGCACAGAAAGGCACUUUUGUAGUGAAAGGGUUAAUAGACACACACUGCACAAGAUCAUCUGGCUUUUGUCUUGUUUUACUCUCCAACACAUCCACCCACUUAUUUUUAGAAAGAUGGUCACUCUUUGUAUCGUGUCAUCUUAUUGGUUUCCACACCCUUCUCGUCGGUCACAGAUAAGUGGGAUUGCUGGGAGCUAUUAAUAUCUUUUUUACAGGAAAAUGCAACAGUUAUUUAAUAAACUGACAACAUUUCUGCUAAGCUUUAA